GUCGAGGAGGAAGUGACGUGUCGGUCCGUGCCCCAGGAAGUGUGUGCGGCGCAGAGAGAGAAAGCUCCCCGGAGCGGCUGCGCUUGGAGCGGGACGAGCCCUGACACAGCCGCCGCUGGUGCACCGAGCGGAGCGGGACGAGAGCGCGUCGCGCAGUGGGCUCGUGAGGCCGUGUGGCCGUGUCUCCGCUCCUCCGCUCGCGGUGAGAUGGGGAAGGAGCAGGAGCUGCUGGAGGCGGCACGCACCGGGAAUCUGGCCGCCGUCGAGAAGCUCCUGUCCGCGAAGAGACAGUCGUCCGGUUCGGCCGCUGCGGGUGGUUCUGGAUCCUCCGGGAAUGUCGGGAGCGGCGGGCACAGCUCUUCCCACCCGCUCUCCAGUCUGCUCAGUAUCUGGAGGGGCCCGAAUGUGAACUGUGUGGACAGCACUGGAUACACACCUCUACACCACGCUGCUUUAAAUGGACACAGUGAGGUAGUGGAAGUACUUCUGAGGAACGAGGCUCUGACGAACAUCGCUGAUAACAAGGGCUGUUACCCUCUGCACCUGGCGGCGUGGAAGGGAGACCAACGAAUCGUCAAACUCCUCAUCCAUCAGGGUCCAUCUCACCCCAAACUCAAUGAACAGAGCGCUCUAGACCACACUGAGUUCAAACGCUGUGGCCCAUUUGACCCCUAUAUUAAUGCCAAGAACAAUGACAACGAGACGCCGCUGCACUGUGCGGCUCAGUACGGACACACUCAGGUGGUGCAGCUGCUGCUGGAGGAGCUGACCGACCCCACCAUGCGCAACAACAAGUUUGAGACGCCGCUCGACCUGGCUGCGCUCUACGGCCGGCUGGAGGUGGUCAAACUUCUGCUCAGCGCUCAUCCCAACCUGCUCAGCUCCAACACCAAGAAACACACCCCUCUCCACCUGGCCUCCCGCAACGGACACCUGGCCGUGGUGGAGGUGCUGCUGGCCUCCGGCGUGGAUCUCAACUACCAGGUGAGGACGGGCAGACUUGAGAUUAAAGAGCGCCAUCCUCCGCAGAGUCAGCCUGCACAGGAAGAGGAUCUCAGCUCUGAGGUAAAAUCUCUGUUCGGAGAUCCAUUGUUUGGAGAAAUGGAGCAGCAGGUCAGUGAGCUCAUAUCCGGUUUGGCUUCGACCCCUGUGGAAGAGAGUCCGUAUGAAGCUCUGUUUGAGGCGUCCUCGUGCGUCUCACUGGACAGUCUGGCCAGCAGAAAGUCAUCGGAGAGAGACUCUGGACGACCGGACAGCGAAGCCGGGAGGGUGAAUGUGGAGGUCUCUGCCAAGUCUUCCAACAGUGUCCUACCUCAGCGAAAGAGCACUGCACACAUUGACCUGCGACCUUCAGGGUCCAACACAAACACUCUGCAGCCGCCUGCACCUCAUUUUAGCACAGGACAGACGUCUGGAGAGAGCUCCUCGCACGGUCAGGAUAUAAGCGCUGCCGUUCCUGAGCAGUUCACUGGUCUGCUUCACGGUUCCUCGCCGGUGGUCGACUGUCGGGAGGAAGCAUUCACACUGCCGUCCUCUGGAGUGAAGUCCGGCGAGGCUUCCAGCACUUCGACAUCUGCGAGCUCCGUCCCCCUUCCCCAUCCCAAAUCGACAGUCACCAUGGAAACCAUUCUCCAGGACACUGACCCCAAAGCUAUCUACGCCACGGUCCACAAAGAGCCACGGGGUUCGCCAAAACACAACUUACCGGCGCGCGAUUCUCCGGUGACGAGAAGGAUGCCUCCGCCGGGUGAUCUCAAGCUAGCGCGUAGCCUUUCGAAGUCCGACUCCGACCUGCUGGUGUCCCCACCCGGUGAGGAAGAGACGGGGUUGGGCGGCCGAAGUGAGUCAGUGUCCAACUGUAGCACCACCAAGAGAAGACUGGAAAAAUCACCUUCAUUCACUUCAGAAUGGGACGAGAGACAGAGGCAUUCCCUCUCUUUUCCAUGGAGACAGCGGCCGCCUCAAAGAAUUGAGAAGAUCAUGACACUAAUUGGUGCUGGCAUCGACUUCUCAAAAGACCAGGAGUGCCCUGCCACAGGUGGAUCCGGGAGGCUGCUUGAACAGCCGGUCGGUGAUUGGUUGGAGAAUAUCGGCCUUCCGCAGUAUGAGAGCAAGCUACUGCUCAACGGCUUUGACGACCUGCGGUUCAUGGGAAAUGACGUAAUGGAAGAGCAAGACCUGAGAGAAAUUGGCAUCACAGAUCCGGCACAUCGCAGGAAGAUCCUCAGUGCUGCACGUUCUUUACCAAAGGUGAAAGCAUUAGGCUGUGACGGCAGCACGUCCCUCGCUGCAUGGCUGGACAUCCUGGGUCUUCAGGAAUACCUGCAGAACUUCCUGUCCAGCGGCUAUCGCACGCUAGAAUGCGUGAAGAACCUGUGGGAGCUGGAGGUUGUCAAUGUGCUGAAGAUCUCAUUGUUGGGCCACAGGAAGAGGAUUAUUGCAUCGUUAGCUGAACGGCCGUAUGAGGAGCCUCCGGUCAAACCUCCCCGCCUCUCUCAGAUCAGAUGUCAGGAUCUCAUGUCCCAGACCUCGUCUCCUCUCAGUCACUCAGACUCCUACACGUGCUCCAUGGAUCCCCUGUUACCUGCAGGCGAUUGUGAGAGGAGGAGAGGUCCCGACUCAGAAUAUGACGUGGCCAUUCGACAGCGGCCCAAUGACAGACCACAACCACAAGAGAGAUUUGAGGAACGUCAGCGGGAGCCUCGCUUGACCUUACGACCCCCGAGUCUGGCGGCGCCGUACACACCGGUCCAGAACUGGCACCAUCAACCCGAGAAGCUCAUCUUCGAUUCAUGCAGUUACGAGGCCAACUAUCUGGGCUCGAUGCUCAUUAAAGAACUAAGAGGAACGGAGUCAACGCAGGACGCCUGUGCUAAAAUGAGGGUAGGUGUUCACAGAGUCUUCGGCCAAACUAACAUCAUUGCAGAACAUGAGAUCAGGAACAUCUCGUGUGCGGCUCAGGACCCAGCGGACCUCUGCACGUUUGCUUACGUCACUAAAGAUCUGCAGAGCAGCCAUCAUUACUGCCACGUGUUCAGCACCAUAGAUGUGAACCUGACCUAUGAGAUCAUGCUGACGCUGGGACAGGCGUUUGAAGUGGCCUAUCAGCUGGCACUGCAGGCCCAGAGGACCAGACAGCAGCAGAGCGCAGCGGGAGCGGCGGAAAUCAUCGAGACCAAGAGCAGCAGACCUGUCCCCAAACCACGAGGGAGUAUGCGCAAGUCAGGGGUGGAAGCGAUGGAUGUGGACGCUCACGCUCAGAGCAGUGCCACCUGGAUCCUGGACUCCAAAGAUCCCAAGCGCACCGUCAGCACCAACUCUGGCUGUCCAGCAAGCCUUUCCCGAGGCCUUUACUCGGCUGAAACAAACACUCUGUCCUGAUGUAGCUCUGUAAGUUCGUUCAGGUAUGCCGCCCAGUUUAGGAGUCUCUCACCUGUAGUCGUAUCAUAACUGGCCUGAAACCAAAGUAAAGCUCUGCUGAGGACCAGAACAUGCUGUCAUUUAACCUUCCUGUUUCAGACGUGAAGAAACUAACAUUUCCUACUCCAUUCUGCUCAAAGGACUCUCCCUCCAUUUUCACUCUGACAGUUUUUCCUCUUAACUAGUUUUUUUUCUUUUCCCCUUCUGUGGUGCUCAUCUC